AUGGGUGGUGCAUGUGGGUACGGAAACCUGUUUAACAGCGGCUAUGGCUUGGACACAGCAGCCCUAAGCACGACGCUGUUCAAAGACGGUUAUGGAUGCGGCCAAUGUUUCCAGAUAAUGUGUGUGCAGUCGCAAUAUUGUUACUAUGGAAACCCAUCUACGGUGGUCACAGCCACCAACCUUUGCCCUCCUAAUUGGUACCAAGACUCCAACAAUGGUGGUUGGUGCAAACCUUUUGAUAUGGCUAAACCGGCUUUCAUGAAACUCGCUAACUGGAAGGCCGGUAUCAUCCCUGUUGCAUACCGCAGUUUCCAAGGCAAUGCUUAUUGGCUUCUCAUCUUCGUCAUGAAUGUGGGCGGCGCCGGAGACAUAAAGAGCAUGGACGUCAAAGGUAGCCGGACGAAUUGGAUAUGCAUGAUCCACAACUGGGGGGGCUCUUACCAAGCCUUUUCCUCUCUCUAUGGUCAGUCUCUCUCUUUCCGGGUCACUUCUUACACCACCGGUCAAAAAGUCUACGCUUGGAACGUCGCUCCGUCUAACUGGAACGCCGGUAUGACUUACCAGAGUUACACCAAUUUCCGCUGA